AUGUGGCUCUUUGACACCUGGUACAGAGGGCAUGAUGCGGACGCCCCAGGAGAUCACCAAAACCCUCAGUGGAGCUACCAAGUCGGAAGCUCUGGAGGCUAUGGCGGCUCCUGGGACGACAGGUGGGAGGAGCCCCGGCUUCAGUGGGUGAAAGCCGGCCAGGCACAGGAGAAUGGGGAGGCUGAGGAGUACGCAAAAGGUGGCAAGGCCAAGAAGGUUGUCACCUCAGAUCACCUCAGUGACACUCAUGCCCAUAAGCACUUCAUCCCACCGCCGCGGUUGCUGAAGACACGCGUUGUCAUCCCAGGCGCAAGGCUGGAGCUCCACGAGAGGAACAACACAGUCCAGGUGUCUGGCUCAGAAGAGGCUUGCGCAAGGGCUCGCAAGUACAUCUCCCUCGUGCAAGCUCAGCGCGUUGGCCCCGUCCACGUGGACAACGGUCAUGAUGAUGGCGAUCUCACCAUGAUGGAUGUCCCGAACAACUGCGUAGCCUUCGUCACAGGCUCUGGAGGUAACUUCCUCCGCGCCUGCGAGGAGGAGUGGGGAACUCUCAUGUUCUUCUGCGACUACCAGACUCCGGCCUUAGGCCGGGAAUUCAGGGCAGUCGCCGAAUUUUUCAAUACCAACAGGAUCCGGGAUACUUGGCCAGGCCCGGGCUUAGAGCGCGAAGCUCCGACUGAACGCCGGGCCGAGCUCAAGAUCAUGGCGGCCAUCGAAGCAAAGUUGCCAGGUCACUACACGAGCGGGAUUGGUGAUGCGCAAUCUGAAGAGGAGGGAUGGGCCAUCGACACCAUGCCACUGACAGGAGAUGAGCUGUCCUUCGCCUUGGGCAAGGAGGGGGCAACGCGGAGAAAGUUGGCCAACGCCAGUGGAUGCAUCCUCGAGUACAUCGGCAACAUUGCUUACAUGGCUGGCGUUCGUGCAGAACGACAGCGAGCUCGGGACUACAUCACUUGGUUGAAGCAGCAGCGGAUCGGGCCCGUCUACAUCGACAUCUCCACCCGCAGCGAUGCUGCGGAGGUGAAGGUGCCGCGCGAGCUAACUGGCAUCCUCAAAGGCACAACGCUCAGAGACAUCGAGCACGAAACGGACACGUUCUGUUUCCUCGAAGGAGACGUGGACUCGUCCGAACGGCUUCUCAUCUUCGGUGCAUCACGGGGCCGGCGUCAAGCUGAAAGGAAGGUACAGGAGCUCAUCAGAGCCCGGCCUCCACGGCAACCCGAGGAGGAGCUCUUCAACGGGCAUACGGGUUACGGCAACAACGAAGGCCAGCAGCUGACAAAAGCGGAGAUUCGCACCGGGCAGGCCAUAUGUGCGUCCCUGGACAAGGAGAAGCUCCUGGCUAUCCAGCAGUCUUGCGGCGCUCGGCUCACACAGCAGGGCACGGACAACGUGCUGAUCCAGGGAUAUUCGCAACAAGUGAAUCUGGCCAAGAAGCAGCUUCAAGAGUACAUCUUCGGCCUCAAAGUAGAUGAGGACUGCGACUUUGCCCGGCAAACCGGUGUGAAGAUUUCGAUGUGCCGGCAGCUAUCCCAGGAGUUCACAACUCCAAGCGGAGUUCCAUUCCACAUCUUCAUCGCCAAGGCAGCAGAUGGCACGCCCUCCAUCUUGGAGGAGGUCAGGAAUCGAACUCGAGUUCGUGUGCAGGUAAAGCAAGCGGAGAAGAAGAUCAUCCUUUCUGGAAUCUUCUCAGUCGUCUCGAAUGCCCGCAAGGAUCUGCAAACAUUCCUGAGUUCUUUUGUGACCCACGAGGUGCAUCUGAAGAAGGAGCAGUUGGAGAAAGUCUCCGCCCUUGGAAAGCAGCGCUUCCCCAAGCUGAACAACUUCAGGCAUCUGACGAUGGCUCAAAUCAACAAGGAGCAGCUCAAGUUGACCCUCUCCGGGGCGCCGGAUGCCGUGAAUGAGGCUCGGGAGGAAGUGGAUGGCCUCUUCCAGGAGCAGGGCUGGGCCGCCGCAUCGGCUGACAUGUUUGCUGCGAAGCACAGCAUGUCUCGCAGCACCGUGCCCGGCAAGCCUGACGCGGAAGGAGCUGGCCCCAACGAGAAGAUCCGGCGCGACGGUGGGAAGACUGCAGAGAUCCUGCAACUCACUGACAUGGACUCAGCAUUCAUCCUGGGUCGCGGCGGCAAAACCAAGCACAAGAUUGCACGGGUGUCCGGAGCAACGCUGGAGCUGCAUGAGCACAACUGCACGGUGGAGAUCAUCGGUGCAGAUCCUGAGCGCCGGAGAGCAAGGAAGUAUAUCAACCUUGUUCGCGCCCAGCGCGUUGGGCCAGUGCACGUCACUCCAGACCAGCACGAUGACGGGGAUCUCACGAUGAUCCCUGUGCCGACAAGCUGCGUUGGCUUCGUCACCGGCUCCCAGGGGAAUUUCCUCAGGACCUGCGAGGAGGAAUGGGGCACCCUCAUGUUCUUCUGCGACUAUCAAGGUCCCGGAGGAAGCCCUGGAGACUCCGAGAACUUAGCCAUCUUCGGAGCAAGGGCCGGGCGGACGGGCGCAGAGCUUAAGGUGAUGGCGGCGAUCGAGGCCAAGCUGCCGUACUUCUUUACCAAGAACAUCACCGACACUUGCUGCCAGGACGAGUGGGGCCGCGACACAAUCCCUUUGGGAGACGAGGAGCUCUCCUUCGCCUUGGGCAAGGACGGUGCCACUCGGAAGAAACUCGCCAGGGCCAGCGGCUGCAUCCUCGAGUAUGUCGGACAUGCAGCCUUCCUUGCCGGAUCUCUUCCCGCUCGGAGGCGUGCAAGAGAAUACCUCUCAUGGCUGCUGAAGCAACGGACGGGCACAGUGUACGUGGACACCCACAACCGGAAUGAUGUUACGGUCGUGGACAUUCCACGGGACCUUGAGGCGGUUGCUAGCGUCUUCAAGAGCAUGACGCUGAGGGGAAUCGAGCAGGACACGAAGACCUUCUGCUUCCUAGAGGGCAACACCAGCAAGUCGGAAAGGCUCCUCAUCUUCGGGCAUGACAAGGCUGGCAGAGAGAAGGCCAAAACCAUCGCCCUGGGCAAGAUUGAUGAAAGAUACAGGAACGAUGAUGAUGGAGGCUGGGGUGGUGACUAUGGCUGGUCGAACCAAGGUGAUCGGCACUACGGUGGCUGGCAAGAGCCAAUGGAAGUGAGUGACAGCUUCCUUCUGCGUGGGGACAUCAGCGUUCAUGUAAUGAUCCAGACAGGCCCCAACGGCGAAGAUCCCGUGAUCGAGGACGUCGAAAACGCAACAGGGACGAAGCUCACGUUGAUGAAGGACAAAGCCAUGAUUCAGAUCCAGGGGACUGCGGAGAAGGUUGGUCAGGCAAAGCGCCAGCUGCAACAGUUUGCGGACAGGAUCACCGCAGCCUUGGCCAACAAGGUGAGCCACUACAUCCGGCCCAUGCCUUGGAUCUCAUCGGCCGAAGUCGAGGAGCCCAAGGACCUGCUCAAGAUCCAGGGUCACCAGGACAGCGUGGAUCAAACGUUCAAGGUCAUCCAUGAGCUCUACCGUGACCACGGGCUGGAGCUUGAUGAUGCAGACAUAACCAUCAAGCGGCGCGACGAGCAGCCAACACAUCACCCAGCUGGACGCGCCUUCCACGCUGCUGGCCGUGAUUGCGAUGUCCUGCGCGUUAGUGAGGAUGAUGCAGCUUUCAUCCUGGGCCGUGGAGGAAAGACAAAGCACAAAAUUGCCCGGGUGUCUGGGGCCCAGCUGGAGCUGCACGAGCGCAACAGCACGGUGGAGAUCUACGGUGAUGAUGAAGUCCGUGCCCGAGCGCGAAAGUACAUCGACUUGGUUCGUGCUCAACGAAUCGGGCCUGUGCACGUCGACGAGUCGCAUGAUGAUGGGGACCUCACACUCAUCGCAGUUCCUAGCAGCUGCGUGGGUUUCGUCACCGGUAGUCAGGGCAACUUUCUUCGAACCUGUGAGGAGGAAUGGGGAACCCUCAUGUUCUUCUGCGACUACCAAGGAGGUGGAAGCUUGGACAUGUGGGGAGGGAGCUCAGAGAAGUUGGCGAUCUUCGGGACUCUAUGGGCUCGCUGUGGUGCAGAGUUGAAGGCCUUAGCUGCUUUCAGUGGCUCGAAGUGGCUAGCAGAGAGUGGCCAGAGCUUGCAAGAUGUGCAUUUGCGGGCACACGGCGCCCAAAGCAUCACGGGCCAAGCACCGUGCCGUAUUUCAAGUCUUGGCUGGGAGGUCAUGGCUGCCAUUGAGACGAAGCUGCCUGGCUUUUACACCACGAACCUUGGAGAGACCCAGUCUUGGGACGAGCUCUUGCCUCAGGACAUCCUAGAGUGGGGUACUGAUACUUACCCAAUGCACAGCGACCAGCUCUCCUACGUACUGGGGCGAAAGGGCUCCACGCGACAGAAGCUGGCGAAAGCCAGCGGCUGCAUCAUGGAGUAUGUUGGCAAUAUCGCAUUCAUGGCCGGGUACCUGCCAAAUCGCCGCCGGGGAAGAGAAUACUUAGGUUGGCUGUGCGACCAAGUUGGAAACAAGACAGGCCGCAUCUCCAUCGACCCAUCCGUGCGCGAAGACGUGACCCUGGUUCCAGUGCCCAAAGAUUGCAUUGGAUACGUCAUGGGUGACAAGCGGAAGACCUUGAGUCGACUGGAGGAGGACUGGGAAACUCUGAUCUUCUUUGUGGAUAGCAGAGGCCUUCCCCCGACCUACCAGCAGGACGAUGUCGAGGGCCUCGCCAUUUUUGGCUCCGAGCGCGGCCGGGCCGGCACGGAGCUCAAGGUGAUGGGCGCGGUCGAGACCAAGAUACCCCAGUUCUUCACACGUGGAGUCGGUGAUUUCCAGUAUGACGGUCCGUGGGGUGUCGACACAAUGCCGCUACCUGGAGAUGAGCUCUCCUUUGCGCUUGGCAAGGAUGGUGCCACAAGGCGGAAGCUGGCAAAAGCCAGCGGCUGCGUUUUGGAGUAUGUUGGCAACGUUGCCUACAUGGCCGGCACCUUGGAGGAGCGGAAGCGGGCAAGGGACUACCUCAUGUGGCUCACCUGGCAGCGCACCGGCCCUGUGAACAUCGACACCAGCGGCCGAGAUGACAUCCUUGAGAUGGAGGUGCCUGAGGAGAUGCGCGGCCUGACCAAAGCUGCCUCGCUGCGCGAGGUCGAGAAGGCUUGGUGCAUCUUGGAGCUCUGGAAGGGAGAGUCUGGAACCUUCUGCUUCUUCCAGGGUGAUAGCAACACAUCCGAUGUGCUGCUGAUUUGUGGCCACCGUCCAGAGGCGCGGACGUAUGCUGAGCAGCUGCUUCACGACCUGAUGAUGAAGGGCUUCCCGGCCGCAAAGAGCGGCUCGGUACAGCAACGCCCCAAGGCACCACGGCGACAGGGGCGUCGGCAACGUGGCCCGCGAAUGCGAAAUCGACCGCCGAAGCGAAAAGUUGAGAGCAGCAGCGAAGAGGAAGAGUCAGAGUCAGAGGCCUCCGUCUCUGAGUCGGAGUCGCACUCGGAACUUUCCCUCCACAGUGAAGAGUGGGCCACCCGGAGACCUGCACCUUUGGGAGGGUUUAGGGGUCGGGAUGGGUAG